UUUAGCAAAAAUGUAAUAUUGUUGUCGCGAUAGCAUGUGGAUAACUCAGGCAAUGAACAAACUACCGCGAGAUAUUUGGUCCUUAAUUUUUGCUAUUCAUAAUCUCAGUACGCAUUGUAUCUGGCGUACUCUCCGUCGUUCAGGUGUGAAAUUACGUCGGCCAUAGUACGUAGGUAUGCGCUAGUGGUAAGAAGCGGAAUGUCGGGUUGUGAAUGAUCGGUUUCCAGAGCGGCAGCGAACGUCAACAUUAUGGCUCAACAAAAGAAUCUGGAGGGGUAUGUGGGCUUUGCUAGCCUUCCCAAUCAAGUGUACAGAAAAUCAGUGAAGAGAGGCUUUGAAUUCACCCUGAUGGUUGUGGGUGAAUCGGGAUUGGGCAAGUCCACGUUGAUCAACUCGCUGUUCCUAACAGAUUUGUACUCGUCAGAAUACCCUGGGCCUUCGCACAGAGUCAAAAAGACUGUACAGGUGGAACAAUCCAAAGUGUUAGUAAAGGAAGGUGGUGUCCAGCUCCUGCUCACAAUAGUCGACACCCCAGGAUUCGGCGACGCUGUGGACAAUAGCAACUGCUGGCAGCCGGUCAUCGACCACAUAGACAGCAAGUUUGAGGAUUUCCUCAACUGUGAGUCGCGGGUGAACAGACGAUUGAUGCCCGACAGCAGAGUGCAGUGCUGCCUCUACUUCAUCGCCCCCUCGGGACACGGACUGAAGCCUCUGGAUAUUGAGUUUAUGAAACGGUUGCAUGAGAAGGUGAACGUCAUCCCACUGAUCGCAAAAGCAGACACUCUCACCCCAGAGGAGUGCCAACGGUUCAAGAAGCAGAUCAUGCGGGAAAUCUUGGAGCACAAAAUCCAGAUCUACGAGUUCCCAGAGACGGACGAUGAGGAGGAGAACAAACUGGUGAAGAAGAUCAAGGACCGUCUGCCCCUGGCCGUGGUGGGUAGUAACACCAUCAUCGAGGUGAAUGGGAAGAGGACCAGAGGACGACAGUAUCCAUGGGGAGUGGCAGAAGUUGAGAACGGAGACCACUGUGAUUUCACCAUCCUACGAGACAUGCUCAUCAGAACCCAUAUGCAGGACCUGAAGGACGUGACCAAUAACGUCCACUAUGAGAACUACCGCAGCAGGAAGCUGGCGGCCGUCACCUACAACGGACAGGACAACAACAGGGUCAAGGGUCAACAGUCGACCAAACAUGACACAGGUGAAGGCAUGAGCCCCCUGGCUCAGAUGGAGGAGGAGCGGAGGGAGCACGUGGCCAAGAUGAAGAAGAUGGAGAUGGAAAUGGAACAGGUGUUUGAGAUGAAGGUCAAGGAGAAGAUCCAGAAGCUGAAAGAUUCUGAGGCUGAGCUCUCGAGGCGUCAUGAGCAGAUGAAGAAGAAUCUGGAGGCCCAGCACAAGGAGCUGGAGGAGAAGAGACGCCAGUUUGAGGAUGACCGGGCCAACUGGGAGACCAAUCAGCGCCUGGAGCAACAGAGACUGGAUGCCUCCAGGACUCUGGAAAAGAACAAAAAGAAGGGGAAGAUAUUUUAGAGACAGUCUGCAGAAACACCAAGUUGUACUUGUUGCCAACGUUGCCAGCUCGGACAUCCGUGUGUGGCACCAAACCAACACCAAAGCUCUUGUACAGCCCAGCUGGGUCUGCAUGUACUGUCACAAUGACCGGAAGAGAGCUGCCUGUGGACUUCUCCAAGGAAUGUGUUUACCUUAACGAAACUUACUGUCUUAGACAGGCCAAACCCAUAUAUAACUGAAUACUGCCCCCCCCCUUCCCCCCAAGGUUGCAUUGUCUAUUUAACAACUGAUGUCUACCGUUUAAUGCAGAGCAACAAAAAUAAUGAACUGUUGUACAAUCAUGUUUCAGUGGUUUUAUUUGUUUACAUGCACAAAAGAUCUUCCAUGAUGUGGAAAAGGCAUUUACAAAAUCCUUUUUGUUUAGUAAAGUGUAACAGAUAAACCUCAUACUGAACAGCUCCCCAUGCAAUGUAGCCUAACAUGAAACAACUGUCUCGUUCUCUCAACAGGAGUAACGGGAAAUCUAGAGGCUAAAAUGCACCUUGGGCUUUUUUUUAUGGCUAAAGCUUUUUCCAAAAUGUAACGCUUUCUUCUGUUUUUAGCAAAUUUCACUAGCCUUGGACCACCAUUAACUUCAUAAAUGUUAUAUUUCAGUUAGUUUAUUUUUAUAUAUACCGAGCCAGCUAAAGUAAUGUUUUUUUUUUUUGUAUGGAGAAUUCUUCUGAAGCUUUGACCAGUUUCUGGAGAGGAUUGACUGUUUAAAAUACAUUCAGUAGUCGUACAAAGAGCAAAAAAUAAAUAAAUGAAAGGAAUAUUUGUUACUCCACAUGUCAUCAGAUUAUGUGGGGAAAGGAAAGUCAACACCAUAUUUUGCUUUGGCUAUGUACUCAUCUGUAUUUUUUUUAUUUGUAUUGUACAAAGUCACUUAAUAAACAUGUGAUAGACUUGCAA